GCUUGUUUUUCGGUGACUUUUCGAGAAAAGGGAAAGCAAAAUGUUGUUGAGCUCUCUGUUUUUGGCUGCUUUGGUUUCAUCAAACCAGAUAGGAGAUGGCGUCGCUGACUCUGUAACCUAUGGCGACCUUGGGACUUUUGAGUACGGGAAUGGCGCGCCGAGCUGCCAUCACUUCAGACCAGAAAGUCCUGAAGCCAUCGUGAUAAGAUUCUGGCUUUACACCAAGAACAACAGGAAUUCAGGCCAACAACUAGACCGUUCUUCAUCCUCGUCGAUCACCAGAUCGUACUUCUCAGCCGGUCGAGAUACGAAGUUUAUCAUCCAUGGGUACACAGACGAGUAUACGUCUGGUUGGGCUAUGGAUAUGAAGGACGCCCUCUUGACGGAGAAUACCAAUGUGAUCAUGGUAGAUUGGAAGGAGGGAGCUGGGCGUCUCAACUACGCUCAGAGCCGGGCUAACACACGUGUGGUAGGAAGAGAGCUUGGGAAGCUCAUCGAGAAACUCAAGUCGACGACAGGUGCAUCGUAUGGUAGCAUGCAUAUCAUCGGGCACAGUCUGGGAGCUCAUACCAGCGGCUAUGCUGGCGAGGCAAGGUCGGGCGUAGGCAGAAUCUCAGGUCUAGACCCUGCAGGACCCGAGUUCUUUGGUUAUGAGAACCAAUGCAAGCUAGAUUCAUCUGAUGCAUCAUUCGUUGAUGCUAUACACACGGAUGGAGGUGCUACCGGUGCAGGUCUGAUUGAACAGUUGGGCCAUCAAGAUUUCUACCCAAACGAGGGCAUAAGCCAACCAGGCUGCGAGGGAACCUCAGUCAUGGAGGCAUGCGACCACAUGAGGGCGCUAGACCUCUAUACAGAGAGUAUCACCUCAAGCUGUAACUUCGCUCCUUCCAGGAAAUGCAGCAACUGGGCUAGCUAUCCAAACUGCCCCAGAUGUGGGACCUGCCCCACGAUGGGCUACUGGGCAGACAAGAACCGUGGAAGCGGGGCCUACUUUGUGGAGACGAACGGGGCAAGCCCCUUCUGCAUGUGAUUUCGAUUAUAGAUGACUCCCAAUUAUACAAUACAAUUAAAUAUAAAAAGAAAUCCGCAUU